ACUCCUUUCUUUUUCUUUUUUUCUCUCCAACAUCUUUUUGAGAGUGUGCAAGGAAGCAGAGAGAGCAAACCCGCGGAGAGACGGAAGGAGAGAAAAUGAUAGUCUUUUAAAUGUAGGCUACAGGACAUUUACAGUAUUGCCUACCAGAAAUAAUAAUAAAUUCACCUUUAAUGUGAUGUAUGGAGGAUUGUGGGAGUGGAUACACGUGAUUCAAUCCGGUGAAGUGCGGUGGUCGGUAAGGAGAGUCAAGGAGGGAGAUCGUCUCUGUCAGCUCCACGAUCUCCAGGAGAGGCUGAUAAACGGUGGUAACCAUGGAUCCUCCUCUUCGCUUUAGCGUUUCAAACCGUGCAACAAAAAGAUCAUGACGAAUCCGAAUGAAGAAAAUGAAGAGGUGAACCAUCAGCUGGCUUAACCUUUCUCUGACUUCUCUUCUUGUCAGCCUUACACCUCAAGACCUGUAGGGGAAGGACAGCCACUGAUAAUAAUCACCUGAUGCAACACUUUCAGGAACUGACGGUGUGAGGAAAUACACAGGCAUUGCCCAGAGCUGUCAGGGAACCAGAGGUGUCACCAGCUGCAGCUCAACCUAAAAGUCAGAGUAAAAUUACUGGAGGAGCAUGGGACGUGGAGUUCAGAGCAGUGAGUUGUGCCCUGGAUGUCAGACCCCCAGGAACAAAUGAGUAGCAGUGGAUUUGGCAGCAGCUCCAGCUUGCUCCAGGGUCGGCGUUUCUACUGCAGGGAAUGGGCCCUGGAGAAGCUGCGGCGCUACCUGGACACCCGCUCCGUGCCGGGUCAGCCACCAGGGCUGCUGGUGAUGGGGGGCCCCGGUGCCGGGAAGACCGCCCUGUGCACCGAGGUUGUGUGGCCCACGUCGAAGGCAGGGCUGGCAGUCGGGCUGGCACCACGCUGCCUGGCCUCCCACUUUUGCCAGAGGGAGGACCAGAGGAGUACGCUGCUGUGGAGGUUUGUCCUGGGCCUGGUGGAGCAGCUGAGGGCCUCACCUCUCCUCUCUCCUGGGUACGAAGAGAUCCUCAACAGCCCGUCUGUAUCCUCUGCACUUGAGCCUCUCACCUGUCAAAAAGACCCUGAUGACACCUUCAAGAGAGCAGUGUUGGAACCCCUGUUGGACAUUCCUCCUCCCACCCAGACUUUGAUGGUGUUGGUGGACUCCCUUGACUUGGGAUAUGGGGCAGGCGAAGGAGGUGAGAAGAGCCGCUCCAUUGCAGAUCUCCUGGCCACCAAUCAACACCUGCUGCCCAGCUGGCUGCUGCUGGUCUGCUCUGUCCGCCGCCACAACAGAGCUGUGUGCAAGAUGUUCUCAGGUUUUCGUAAGCUCUGUCUGGAUGAUCUGCGGAAGCCCCCGCCCGUUCGUGACGUGCAGCAGUACAUCCUCUGCCGGCUGGAUGAAGAAGCGGCACUUCGCCGUCAGCUCACCCCUGACACAGCUGACAUGCUGAAUUUGCUGCACAUUAAGAGCGGUGGCUGCUUCCUGUUCCUCGAGCGUGUGCUGGAUGGUGUGGCAGGUGCACUGGUGGGUCUCCGGGAGAUCCGGGACAUCCCUGGGACUCUCAAUGGCCUGUAUCUGUGGUUGUGCCAGAGACUUUUCCCCCAGGGCCUCUUUGUCUAUGUCAGGCCUCUCCUCAAUGUCCUCUUGGCUGCCCCAAGGCCCCUCACGCCCCAGCAGCUGUUCACAGCAGCCUGGACACAUAACACCUUGCUCAGCCUCCAGGACUUCCAAAACAAGCUCCGAACCCUCUCUCCUCUCCUGAUCGAUGGCCCUGGGGGCACCAAACUACUAUUUCAUGGCAGCUUUGCAGAGUGGCUGAUGGAUGUUAAGUAUUGCACACAGAAGUACCUGUGUAGCAAAACAGAGGGUCACAGUAUGCUUGCCAUGGCUAUGACUUUGCAGGGACCCCAUCUGGACAUUGAAGACACUUGCCAGCUAGCCACACAUUUAGUUUGCUCAGGUCACCAUAAAGAUAACCUCUCAUUAUUGGCACUGUGGAUGCUGUGGGCAGGUGUGCCUGCACUUAGUCCUGGCGACAGUAGUGCCCUCACCACAUCCUUAACUCAGCCUCCUGUUGUGGUCAGUCAGGAAGUUCUUCAGCUGUUAAUGAGGAGUGGGAUUGUCUCUGCAGCCUUUUUUUCAGAUGCAGACCCAAGUGUUGGACUUCAUUGUAUAGGUGAAGAGGGAACUAAUUUACAACAGGCAUUUGAAAGGGAGAUGUCUGUAAAGAGGCUGCUAGACAGUGGAGUGUCUGUAAACCAGCCUGGUUCUACAGAUGGAAAGACCUUGCUUGCCAGUGCAGCCCAUGAGGGUUCUGCAAAUGUAGCCAAACUUCUCCUGACACAUGGAUCUGAUCCACUGGAAAGUGAUCAUCAGGGUCAAACGCCACUGACUUUGGCAUCCAGGCAGGGUUAUGUGAAAGUGUUGUCUGUGCUCCUGGAAUGGGCAAAGAGCCAGGAGCCAGAAACUGCAAUGCGGAUGAUGGAGCAUGUGGACAAUGAAGGCUGGACAGCACUGCGCUCUGCAGCUUGGGGUGGACACAGUGAGGCUGUCCGGCUUCUGCUGGAUGCAGGAGCAGAUGUGGAUGGAUGUGACGGUGAGGGUCGGACUGCUCUCAGAGCUGCUGCAUGGGGGGGUCAUGAGGAAACUGUCCUGACCCUGCUGGACUAUGGGGCACAGGUCGACAAAGCUGACAGCAAUGGCCGCACGCCUCUUAUUGCUGCUGCCUAUAUGGGACAUCAUGAAGCUGUGGAGAUAUUGCUGGACCACAAUGCAGAAGUUGACUUAGCUGAUGGAGAUGGGCGCACUGCUUUGUCAGUCGCUGCCCUCUGUGUCCCUACAGCAGCAGGGGUGAAAGGUUAUGGUGAGGUAGCAAGUCUGUUACUGGAGCGUGGAGCAGAUCCAGGACACAGAGACCAUGAUGGAAUGACACCAUUGCUUCUUGCAGCCUAUGAAGGUCAUGAUGAUGUAGUUGAGCUUCUGUUAGAAGCUGGUGCUGAUGUAGAUGAGACUGCUGGCCCUGAUGGCAAUGUCCCUGCUGCAGCUGCUGUUACUCCCCUGCUGGCAGCUGCAGCAAUGGGCCACAUGAAGACUGUGUCACGGCUGCUUUUCUGGGGAGCAGCUGUGGAUGCCAUUGAUUGUGAAGGCAGAACAGCACUCUGCCUGGCAGCAGCAAGAGGGAGCGUUGAGGUUGUCCGCGCGCUGCUGGAUCGAGGCCUGGACGAGAACCACAAGGAUGACCUCGGCUGGACUCCACUGCACGCAGCUGCCUGUGAAGGCCAUCGGGCUGUGUGUGCUGCUUUGACAGAGCGAGGCAGCAUGGCACGUGUCGGAGAGAUGGACAUUGAAGGACGCACCCCUCUUAUACUGGCUGCCCAGGAAGGUCACUGGAGCACUGUGAGGCUGUUGUUGGACAGACGUUCUCCCAUUGACCACAGGGCGUACGAUGGACAUUCUGCCCUGAGUGCCGCCCUCCUGGGGGGCUAUGCUGAAGUUGCAGAGCUGCUUAUGAGGCGAGGGGCUGAUACCGAUGUCCGGGACGCAGAGGGAAGGCCUCUGCUCUACCUCCUGGUGUUAGAGGGUCGCCUUGAAAUGGCUACUCUCCUCAUAGAGAAAGGGGGGGUGCCCCUGGAGUCCCGAGACUCUGAGGGCCGUACAGCGCUUCAUGUAGCUUCCUGGCAGGGAUGUGUGGAGAUGGUAGACCUAGUUUUAAAGCACGGUGCAAACCCCAAUGCACAGGAUACAGAAGGGAGACCACCAAUGCAUUCAGUGGCUUGGACAGGACAUGUUGAAGUAGGACGUCGUCUCCUAGAAGCCAGUGGUGUCAAUAUAGACCUUGCUUGCCACCAGGGGGCAACAGCUCUGAGCAUCGCUGCCCAGGAGGGAUAUGCUGACAUUGUUGCAAUGCUUCUGGAAAGAGGUGCAAAUCCCAAUCACAUGGAUAAAUAUGGCCGCAGUCCAGUCAAAGUGGCUGGGAAACACGGGCACUUUAACAUUGUCAGGCUCUUAGAGAGCUAUGGAGCAAAGCCAUAUGUAGGCCUGUUGUCUAACUCUGGUACUUUUUCUCCUGCAAAACACAAGAAGAUCCUCUCCUCUGGCAUCUCGGAGAGUAAUGGAGGUGAAGUCGCAGCCGCUACCUCCUCCUCUUCAGUAUCUUCUCCCGGCUCCACUGCAGAAAGAUUCCACUCCAUGCAGAGCUCCCAAAACUCAUCUACCUGCCACUCGCUGGCCACCGUGCAGACAGUGCCAGCUGACAGCCUCAGCUUUAUUCAGCAGAUCCAACAGCACUCACUGCCCCGUAGUCGUAGCCGUCCCUCCACCCUCCGCCCACCAGGGAGCUCAGGCAUGGGCAGCCUCCAUGGAAGCAGCCAAAGGCAUCCCAAAGGCAGCCCCCCUCCCACUGUUUGCACAGUCACUGCCAUGGUGCACAACUGUGAACUGCCUCAGAAAGGCUUGUCGUCUGGACUUGAAUAUCAUGACAAAAUGAACAAACAAAACUCAAACUUAAUAAAAGCAGACAGGACUACUUACGCUGGUGGUAAAUGGCACUCAGUCAUGGCUUCCCUUGGGAUAAUGCCAGGGCAGGACAGCCCUGCAGUAGGUGCUAAAAACAGGGAGAGUCCUCCUCUGGGCUACCCAUAUAGGCUACAGAGCCCACUUCAAGGGGAAGCUUGGGAUUCUCCACCCCAGAAGAACAUUUUGUCACCUGCGUGCUACAGUUUUACCCCAGUCACACCUUGUAGUGCCUUGCCAGAGGAUGUUAUGGUCACUAUGACAACCGCAGACCCGCAGCUUAAUCUGAAACAGGCCAUGAAACUGCAGUUUGAGGGUCCCACCAGUGCAGCCUUAUACAAGAGAGAGACACCCCUGUGAAUGAUGCUCCAGGGGAGUUGGACAUUUUUGCAGUUCAAGGAGAAGGCGUGUUCACCAUGUACAAUGACUUUCUGGGUUCAGAUGAUAGAGGAAGUGAUCACUUUCUCCACCCCCCUUCAGAAAACCAGAGGAAGAACGAACUGAAUGACAUCAAAGCUUACAUUCCUGCCUUUCCGUUGACUGUUGUGUGUUUUGACCAGGGCUCUCACAGAUAAGAUCAUACUGAUUAAUUUAGUGUAAAGCAUAACUGUGUCCAUUUUCAACUUGGACCAUAAUUUUGUACUGGUUGCUUUGUUAGUUCUACAGUGAAUAACACUGCCUAUUAUGGAACACAAGUGUCUAGGUUGGGUUAUGUUUUAAAUAUUUUUUUUGCUAGUAAGGAGCCCUUUUUUAAGCAGUAAACAACCUUGGUUAAGAGUUUUAAGCUUGUGGCCUUGAUCUUUAUUGAAGCAUUUGAUAUUUACUAUAAACUGGCCUUCAUCCCCCAUAGGUCCAUCGCUGACAACCAAAAACAGUUUGCAGAAAAGCAAGCUUACCAAAGCCUGACCCAGUGCGGGGUUUAUGAUACAAACUAUAAGACAGCCAAGUUUACUGAACCAACUUGGCUCGCUCAAACUGUCUGUGAGCAGGCAGGAAGGACAGUGAAAAUUGGACCAUUAAAACUGAGGGUGGAUGUGGGAGGGUUGUUCAUUCCUAACUUGUAUAUGGCCUAAAGAAAUUUCUAGUUCUUUAUCAUUUUUCAUUGGAUUAAUAUUUAAUUACAUUCAUUCAUUAAAAUGGCAAACAGUGCCAUAAAAUUGUCUACCUCUGCUCUGUGUGUGUGUGUGUGUGUGACCAUGUUUUAAUGUUUUAUUUCAUGCACUUUACAACUAAAUGUCAGGGAUAGCUUCUGAUGUGGUAGCAUCAUGCAGAGAUGAAAGUCUGCCAGCGCCUGGGAUUAUAAAACCAAGCACUUUUGGACAAUUUUGAACCUGAUAUGUUGUAUCUGUGAAACCUUUUAGAUAUUUGGACUUUGGGAACUACAUUUCUGAACUGCAUUUUCCAUGUAUACUCGCAUGAAAAAGCAUAGGUGUACUCUAUUUGAUGUCAAUAUAAGCUCUUUUGUCAACAUUUCCCCUGAUGAAGGUCUAGUGGCUGAAAGGCUUUAUUAUUCAAUACUCAGGGUGGACAUAAGUGCCUUUCGUUCUCCAUAUUUGAUGUUUUGCAAAAAAAAAUACUUCUAUAAAGUACUGUAAUAGAUGCCCAUUUAGCUUAUAAUAUGAAUAAAAAACCCCACGGAAACA